GCUCCGCUCGUCUCCUCUCCUCCUCGCGUCGCUAAACCCCCUCCCCUCCCCUUCCGGAAAUCAAGAAACCAGAGAGACCUCCACUCCCCCGCGCCACUCCGAUCCCCUCCGCCCCCGCCCGAUCCGCCGUCUCAUUCCCUCUCCGCUCCCCCCCGGGGAUCGCAGUGGCACCCGCGGCUCCAGCAAGCAAAGUUGGAGUAGAGACCGCCAGCACGAGCGAUCGCUCUUUGAUUUAUGUCGCCUGCUCUACUGCUCCAUGGUUCUGAGCUCCCAUCACCAUCACCUCCUUCCGCUUUUUGUUGCCUUCUCCCCCAAGCUCGGCAGAGGGGCGCCAGAACUCAAGAUUAUCGCUUCAAGAUCUCCCGGUAAAUUUGGAUUUGGGGUGAAGUACUCUGGAUUUCUGCAUUUAGACCAGUGCCCCGUGCACGCGAAGUAACAACAUACAAGAAUCCCCCAAAUCAAGAUAAGCUUGGUUUGGUUUGGGUGGAUUUAAGUUCAGCACUCCUUCAUUUUCAUUGACACAUUCCUCCAGUUCAUAAACAACCAGCCAGAAAGCAGAUUUCUUUUGUGAGUCUUCACAAAAAGAGAAUAACUCCGUCUUCUCUCCAGUUUUAAUCAGAAGUUUGAGACAACUCUGCUUCUGAUUUCGGAGAUUGUGCGCUCAGGCUCUAACUAAAACAGGAGCUUGUCCUGGGUUUUAAGAUUUCAGUCGGUUGUAGUCACGGUUAAUAAUUCAAUAAUCUCUGGAUCUUACUUAAGAUCAAGGGGCUUGUUGCACAAAGAGAUGAUGUUGCCUUCUUCGAGGAAGGUUCGCAUUUCCUGCUGUGAUCCUGACGCCACCGAUUCUUCUGAUGAAGAUGAUCGGCAUGCAAAGAAGGAAAAGAGAAUGACAAUGGAAGUACUAGUUCCAAUGAAAACCUCUGGACCCCUCAAGUCUCGAAAGACCCUUGUGCCAUGUGGCACAAAGAAAUCAAUUGGUACAGAGAAGAAGCAACCAACCAGCAAGUACCCUGGUGUGCGCCUGCGGUCAUGGGGUAAGUGGGCUGCAGAGAUACGUGAUCCCGUGAGCAAGACCCGGAAAUGGAUUGGCACAUUUACCUCCGAGGAGGCCGCUGCUGCAGCAUAUGUGGCAGAACGGAACCGGGUACGCACUGAGAUGUUGGCCAUCAAAUCUCGGUCACCUCCAUCAGAUCAUGAAGCUUUGUCCAGCGAAGCUACUGUAUCCUGUGUGUCUUCAUCUGUGUCGUUCGGCGACCAGAAAGCACAAGAGGUACACAAGUUAGCGUCAAUGGAGAUAGACCCUGACACUGCUGAUGAGAGCUUACUGCACUGCUCACCGGAACCGCUAGGUAAAGAAAUCCAGGUAGAUGCAUUCCUUGGCCGGAUGAAUGUUGAUAAAAGCUUGGUGCACUGCUCAUCGACACCUAGCGAUGAAGAAAUUCCAGUGGAUGCAUUCUGCAGCCAGAUGAAUGAGCUUCCUCCUAUCAGUGACUAUGUUUGCACAACUGACAAACUCUCACUGGAUGAUAUUUCAAGGCUGGCAGAUAUGUUUCCUGUCAAUGACUUUGUCGACACAACAGGUGAGCCGCCUGGUGACGACUACAUCGGGCUGGCAGACAUCAGCCAUCUACCGAUGCCAAUGUUCGAGUUGGAUGCACAACUUAAUUGGGAAGGUUUCGACUUUGCUUCGAUGGAACGUGAACUAGAGAAACUUUGAGGCCUCAACACCAUUGAGGUUUUCGUCUUUCUGAGAGAUGUCAGGGUGAGUUUGUGAUCAGGAGAUGUGUUCAUCUCCAAUUUUUGUCGGAAAUUGUACAGUCUUCCCCCCUAGAUUAAUCUGGUUGAGCCUUAUAUGUACCGUGUAAUAUGUACAUGAUCAUCUAAUUUGAAUCUGCUAUGAAGUUCAUAAUGGAAGCUCCAUCUUCUAUUUUUCA